UCUAUCUUAAAAACUUGCAGACCUCAAGAAGAAAUUCACCAUUCAUUGUUAGAAAAGAAAAAAAGAAGUAAAAGUAAAGUAAUUCCUGACAUAUAGAGGGCUUAAAAUCCAACUACCCAUUGGGCGUUGCGGGCACAGGGUCAAACCACUUUACAAUACAUUUUUCAUACCAUUAUCAAUUAAAAAGCCAUGAGCUCUGCUGGGAUUCAAAGCCAGAAUCGCUAGCAUGGCAAAUACAUGUUUGAGCAUUCACAAUUAUUUGUUUUAGUCAAAUUCCCAGUUGAAAUGUAUUCAAAAUGGAUAGGGAAUGAAUGGCAGCCGCCUAUAAUCGGAAAUGACACCCGGAGUUUGAACAUUCUCAUUCAGGAUUGUCAUCUUCUCGUAGUACUCGAUACUCAAGUUUUAGAAUCUGUAAGCUUGAUGCAGAGCCGGAAUCAAGCUGAGGCGGUAUGCAAAAAUGAAACAAUGGCUGUAGAAGCUAAAAUUCAGGGCCUCACGAAUAGAUUUAGACUGAAAUUCUUCACAAGAGAUGAUGCAGAAAAAUGUUUAUCUGUUGUUCAAAAAUAUAUAACUACUUUCUCAGGUCCAAAAUUGGACAGAUCGGAAAUUUGCACUAUGCCACAAUUGUUGGCGAAAACAAUGGAAACGUGCAGUAAGGAUCUUAAAGCACCUGAUUCAAUACCAGACGAAUACCCAUUAGAGGCUGCAAUACAGCUUUGCAUUCUGGACCCAGGGUUUCCUUCACUAUUGAAAAGAAUAGAAAAUAUUCUGGAAAGAUUUAAGGAAAGUGAUUAGUUAAUUUAGAAAAAAAAAGUUGUG